GAUCGUUCGACUUUGAUGUAUAUAGCUUCCUUUGUGUUGAAAAUGGUCUCAAACCGAUUUCUGGUUAAAGUAGCCAUUGGUGGAGCAAUAUUUACGUUGACCUCUAUUUCUGGAAUGAAAAUUUACAUUGAAAAUAAAUUUCAAAGGCAAGACUUUUAUUUGAAAUCUAUGGAUUUGUUAAGGAAUUAUGAGCCAGCAGAAGAAAGACUGGGAAAGCCUAUCAUAGACAGAACAAUUAACAUUGGGGAAUUACAUCACAACUAUACAGAUGGAAUAAAUGCCAGGUUAAGGAUACCAUUGAAAGGAUCCAUAACAAAUGGUGCUUUAUAUGUCCUUGCUAGCAGAGAGACACCAAAGGAAAGCUGGCAUAUUGAUAAAUUAGAUUUAGAAAUUCCAAGUCAUUUUCAAAGAUGGACAUUUUAUUAUGAUCCAAGAGAUUCCUCUAAGGUUAAAAUUACUGGUGGUUCGGAUGAGGCUGAUGAGACAUCAAUAAUAGACAAUAAUGCAGUGCAAGAUACACAGGCUUCCUGAUUUUAUGUGAUAGUACAAUAAAAGUCAAUUUUCACUAGUAGCUGAUCUAGCUGAUGAAGUGGUAACUGUAUAUGAGGUGCCAUUAAAGGGACAGAAAAGAAAUUUCUGGUAGUAAAUCAUACCUUGUUCUGUUAAUCUAAUCAGUAAUAAAGUUCACAGCUUACCGUACAAAUUUGAAGGAAUUAUGCUACUUUUGUAGAAUUUUUAGACGCCAAAACCUCUCUAUGUGAAUGUAUAUUGUCUUCACCCCCGUCGGUCCGUCAACAUUUGCUUGUAAACGCU